CUCAACCCCAGAGGCUGUUUAGUGGUAUUUGCCCUCAUAGUAAAACAUAAACAGCAGGACGUUGUGUCUUCAGGUGAGUGUAUGACAGUGACCUCACUGCCCUCUGUCCUCGUCUUAUUGCUGCUUUUCAGCGUUGCUCCAGGUGAAAGAUGAGCGAGGAUAAGACUCUUUUCAUCCUUCAUCGUUACGCUUGACACAUCUUUACUGAAACUUAACCCAAAACCUAAAGUAAGUGAACUUGUACAUUAGGAUGUUAAAGUCGCCUCAAGCAAAGCUGUACUUGUUUAAUCGCUUCCUCUUUUCUUUAAUCACAAUUUUCAAAAUAAACUGGUAUAUGCGAUUUUAACAUCACACAGUGCCUACAAAGACAUAGUUGUAAGGGUACAGACAACACUUCUAAAGGUCAAGACCUUAUUUCCUCAUCUGACAGACCUCAUCGGCUCUAGGUUGUGCUGGUAAAAAUAUCUCAGCGCUUUUUCCCACGCAACUUCACAACGUUUUAUGCUAUACUCAAAAAUUUGCAGUAGAAAGAAAAGAUGUUUCUUUAAUAACUCUUGUCCAUUGAGGCCUAUUGAAAAUUGCUUCUUUGCAUUGAGCCCAUAGUUUGCAUUAGAGAACGCUCUCAUGCAUUAACCGUUGGCACUGUGUUGAAUCUCAUUUACGAUUUGUUUCUCAUUUAGAAGGAAGAUCUGUCUUCUCGUGCAAUGAACACUAUCAGAGGCAUCCGCAUCCAAGCCGUACCAGGGAGUGAGAGUCAAAGACCCUGUGAAGGAGCUGCUGCGGAGAAAAAGAGGAAAUGCUGCCAGAACAACGCCCCCCAGUGCAGUAGGAACUACAGCAUAUGUGAUGGUUCCCAACAACACUUUGCCGUCAUACACACAUGCUGGGACUUCAAGCUUUGUAGAAGCCAACCAGAGUGGUCUUAAUGAUUCAUUUGUGGAUGUCAGCGGGCUUUGCACAGGAUGGAUUGCCCAGACCACCAGCACAUCUGCCCUCCAGUCUUUGAGCCACUGGACUCCCCCAGACUGCCAACACCAUGAUCCUUCCAUCCCAUCCCACACUGAUAUGUACGUCCAGCCGAUCUGUCCCAGUUACACUGUGGUGGGCCCUUCCCCCAUGCUGACGUUUGCGCACACACCUCUCUUCACCAACCUUGCGACUGUAAGCACUUCAAGCACAACCCUGCCUCAGGUGGAGAUCCCAGACUCCUCUUUGACAUACAUUCCUUGGGCUCAGCCUUUAUCCACCAUCUCCAGCCCUGUCAUGCAGACCCCCUCUGUGCAGGCGGCCCUGUCAGCCUCCCAGCUCUUCCCAGUUCCUCUGACCUUGCCAGUACUCUCACCAGAACCUGAGCCUCAGCAGGUGGAGCCUCCCCAGUCCCCUGAGGGCACUCUAGCCCUUGAGAAACUGCUGGAAGAAGAUGAGGGCCACAAAGAACCCUACAUCUGCAACUCCUCACUGUUUUCAGAAGACAUUUAGGAUAUUUGUGGAGUGGCACUCUUUUUGCGCAGCUUCUUACCCAGUCAAGAUUAUUUCAUGGUAGAGCCAAUGUAGGCACAAUAUUGGCUUUAGGUAUUUGCCAUUCAUGGGUUUGUUGUUGGGUUCUAUGUUUCAAAAAUUCAAAAAGGGCUGACAUGGAGCCCAUGGACAAACCCAUGAAGGCCCAUACCUCAAGUCCUAUUGUGCCUACAUUGGCCCUGCCAUGAAAUGUUGGUUGGGUUAUUGUCACAAACACACUGUAAAUUUUCCAAAGUGACAACUGCAUUUAAAUACAGAAGGUAAUACCGUAAACUAUCAUUCCCGAAAUUGCGAUGAUUGACACUGUGAUAACCAUAGCAAUGGCUGCUUAUCAGAGGACUCCCUACAGUGUUGCCAUGUCUACUUAUAAGCAUUUUGGGCUUGUUGUUUGGGCUUGGCUUUUAAAAUUAAUAAAUAAAUUAAUAAAAGUGGGAAGUUGAGGGUCACAAUAUUUCGAUGUUAUUUUCGGUUGCAAUUUAUUUUACAGUAUGUGCACUUUCAAUGUACUUACAGUGUACUUACCAAGAAAGUACUGAAUAAUAUAAGGUAACUACAUGGGUUAAGAUUAGGUUAAGGGCUAGGUUCAGGACUAGUACCUAGCAUGCUCUAGCAACACAAAUGAGUCAAGCCUCAUAACUCUUUCCCUGUGGUUUUCAUGCAUACAAAAGAGAGACCUCCGAUGCGCAUUUAAAAACGUCAUUAACAACUAGUUGUUUACUUCGGUUCCGUAAACACUGUGCAGAAUUUUUGUAAAUGCAUUUAUCACUGAAUUUUUAGAGAGCUAAUUUGGUUUUAAAAUGCAGUUGUCACUCCUGUAAAUUACUGAAUUAUGUGUAUACAGAAUAGAUUUAGCUGCAGUACAUGGCCAAGUAAGAUUUACUAGGGUGAUACUGAUGUGGGUUAUUUAGGACAGCAAUUUGGCAGCUCUUAUUAAAAAUGAAAUCUGAAGGAAAUAACAUAUCUGGAAACAAUUGUGAAGGGAUAGAUUUAUGUCUAUUUUAGCUGGCUUGCAUAGCUCCAAUUUAAAUUUGUGCAGAAUCCAAUGGUUAAAAUGAUAACAUUUAAAGAGUGCUCUUCCUUGUAUACAGUUCAUUAAAAUGUCAGUUAGAAUUAGAAAGUUUUCUGAAGGUUGGAGAAAUCCCCUGUGGAUGUUAUCAUUUAAUCUACCCAUGCCCUAGACCCGCAGGCUUAGUUGCCUCUCAAGUUAACACGUUCCUUAAUGAGAUGUUUAAACAAGGGUCUGCUCUGCACGUCCUCUACCAUAAUAUCUGCUUUUUAGAGCUUCUGUACAUAUCUCUGUCAAACAGGUAUGACAAUAAAGCAAACGUGAAUUUGAAA